CCCAAUUCUCCGGUUCCAGUCUCCACUCACCCGUCAGUCCGUCACCCGAGACUGACCGCCGCCGCCGUACAGCACGGGCGCCGGUCACCGGGGAACGCAGGAAGCAGCACCCUUCUCCAGCUCGGGCACGCAGCAGUGCAGCACGGGCAUGCAGCAGCAGGCAGCACGACACCGGCUUCUCUAGACUCCAGCUCGCCACCACCAGCGUCCAGCCUUCAGCAGCCUAUCCAGAACUGCUGCAGUCCCACGCCACUAUCCAAUUCGAGCAGAGGCAGGCGGGGAUGCUCUCUCUACCCGCCUGCUCACCAUUCCGCUUACCCCCUACCCGUUGUGGCGCUCGCCGGAAGAGCGCGGCCGCCGCGACCAUCACGAUGCGGGACCGCAGCAAGAACCGGAAGCCGACGCAGCGAGGGCGGUACCUCAGCACCGAGGCCAUCCAGGCUGUCCAGUCCCUCAAGCGCGCCGCGCUCCGCGGCGCCCCCGCCGCGUCCGCCGCUGCCGUGGUGGAGCCCAAGCUGCGACGCCUCCUCAAGGCAGACAUGGUCGCCGUCUUCCGCGAGCUCGCCGCGCAGGGCGAGGCCCUCCUGGCCCUCCAGGUGUUUGAGGAGAUCCGGAAGGAGCAUUGGUACAAGCCGAGGUUGCUUUGGUACGUAGAUCUUGUUACAGUGCUUGCAAGCAAAGGUCUCCGGACUGAGGUCGACAGAGCCUGUUCAUAUCUGAAGAGGGAACAGUUGGAGCCUGACACUGAAGGUUUCAAUUUGCUUCUGAAGGCACUCCUAGACUCUGGGUUCACACAGUUAACACUGGACUGUUUCCGUCUAAUGAAAUUGUGGGACAGUGAUCCUGACAGGAUAACGUAUACAACAUUGAUCAAAGGCCUUGAAUCCCUAGGAAAGAUGGAGCUAUCUGCUGGCAUUCGGUUGGAGGCAGAAAAUGAUUAUGGUUCCUUGGACUUCCUCGAUGAAGUGGAGAUCGAUGAGGCUUGCAGAAGUAGACCUUAACAGGAUGGGUCAAUCUUGCUCUUUGAUGCAACCAGCAGGAGUAAAUCUUUGUGAAGUGCAGAAUGAGAUUAUACAGAACCUUAGUAAAUAAUUCUUUCCUAGAUCUUAUACACAAUUUUAGAAAUUAGAACAGACCUUGUUGCAGCAAGUACUAGUAUUGACUACUAAUAUCUAGCUGUUUGUUGUGUAUCCAAAAUCUUGAGGGGUCACCUGUUAUCUUAACUUGAUUUUUGUUUGACAUCUGUAUGGAUGUCUAACCAUGCUGUUAUUCCCUGAAUUAUAGUGACAUUACUAUUUUCGCUUCA